UAAGCAAUUGACAUUCAGCCAGCCAGCCAGUCAGUCAUGCAUCUUAUCAGAGCACUCAACAUUGCAUGAGGACGGGUCAGUCAGAUUCCCGCGCCAACCCCUCACCUCACAGGAGGCCUCCCUUAGACACCCGUAAUAUUUCUCCCGCCAAUCGUCGCAAUCAAUGUUCUUUCCCGUUUGCGAAGAGCAGCCGAGCCCCGCUGCCUGACCGGCUCUUGCACUCGUGUUCCGAGGCAGAAAACCUUCCUGGAAAGACGAGGACAACACUUUGGUACCCAUGGACAUAUCCAUGUGUCUCCUCGUGGAUGUACCUCAUGGGCGGCGGCCUCCUCUUCGCCGCAGGAGCACUCGUUGAACAUGCACGCCUUCCGCAGAUCCAAGAGCACUGGCUGCAGUCUUGUGGCGCUUCCGCUGUGGUAGUGUUGUGCUGUCUCAUUGAGUAUCCCGAUGCAGGCGUCUCCAGUCACAAUGCCAAAGCCCUGGCCGACUAAGAACUCUGUCAGAGAAGCCGACAGACUUGAAACGGGCGGCUCUUCCUCGGUCGAAUUCUGCAAUGCCAUGCCAAGAAAGAUACGAAGCUCAAUCAUCAUUUUCUCGUGAGCUCACCUCAAGGGCGCUGCAUGACGUCAGGCACCCCAGAACAAAGAAGGAGACAAUGAAGGGGCACAUGUCGUUCUGAGACUGGGGGGAAG